UCUUUCUAGCAGCUAUGGCAGUAUGUGAUGAUCUCUUACUGUGCAACUUUCCCAAAUGCCGGGCAAAGUUAUCUGGUCGUGCCUGGGUCACAGCUUGUUCACAUAUUUUCUGUGACCAGCAUGGCAGUGGAGAAUUCAGUCGGUCCCCUACUAUUUGCCCAGCCUGCAGCAGCACUCUUUCUAGUAAACUGGAUAUCGUGCGCACUGAGCUUAACCCUGCAGAAGAACAUAAAGCCAUGAUGCUGGCAGGGCUACGUCCAGAGACCGUUCUAGACAUAUGCUCUCGAGCACUGGCAUUCUGGACUUACCAGGUUUACCAGGAGCGACUGUACCAGGAGUACAACUACAGCCAGGCAGAAGGGCAUCUGAAGCAUGUGGAAAAACUUUAUGCUCAUGAAGUUCAAAGCAAGGAAUCGGAGUUAGUAGCCAUGAAGGGGGAAGUGAACUCGCUGAAGAAAAUCCUGGAGGAAUACAAGAGGAAAUACAGCGAACUUUCCGAGAAACUGAUGGAGCGGAACCGCCAGUAUAAUAAGCUGCAGGGAAUGUAUGACGGAUUACGACUCCGCAAUGUUGCUGUGACGAAUAGGGAGGCUUCUACACGUAGAGAGAGAGCUCAUCAGGACCAGUCUGGGCCUUUUGGAUUUACAACGGGUAACAUGUUCCACACUGAGAAAACACCCCCUUUAAGGUCAUCGGAUGGCGAUUUCCAUGCUCAGACAUUCUUCUGUACAUCUCCACGUGAUGAUGCCGGAAACACUGCCCAUGGCUCCCCUGGAAUGAGGGCAGACCGACUGAACUUGGCUUCAUCUAGGGCUUUCAAAGUUAUGAGGAUGUAAACUGCUGCAUCUUUUGGAACAAGUGUGUCCACAUUUUCAAUGACA